AUGGAAUAUACUAUUAACGAUCAUCAACAGCUUGCAGAUCCUUAUGCCAUUGAAUUAAUUAAUAUUACCAUUCGCUUAGGUAAUAAAGAUGUUCUAAAAUCAAUUAAUCUUUCUAUUGAGCAAGGUGGAAUUUUUGCUUUACUUGGUCCGAGUGGUUGCGGAAAAACAACUUUAAUACGUACGUUAGUUGGACGUUUACAUCCUAUGAAUAAUUAUGAUGAAACACGAGGAAAAAUAUCAAUUCUUGGUAAACAUCCUCAUGCAUUUGGUCAACUUGUUGGAUUUAUGCCUCAAGAAAUGGCAUUACAUUCAACAAAUACGAUUGAUGAGGAACUUUUUUUCUAUGGCCGUUUAGCAAAUAUGCCUAGCGAAAAGAUUCAACAACGAUGUCAAUUUUUAAUUAAUCUUCUUGAUUUACCACAUAAACGAAAAUCGAUUUUUAAAUUAAGUGGUGGACAACAGAGACGCAUUUCAUUUGCGAUUGCUCUUUUGCAUGAACCACGUUUACUUAUUUUAGAUGAACCAACUGUUGGUGUUGAUCCAAUUUUAAGAAAAAAAAUUUGGCAACAUCUUACAGAGAUCACUAUGAAAGAUAAUGUAACUGCUUUUCUAACAACACACUAUAUUGAAGAAGCUCGACAGGCUAACCUAGUAACUAUAGAUACUAAUGUAAUGUAA